CCGAAAAAGGCAGAAAGUAUUGGUAAUGCCAAAAAGGAGCCAAAGACGGAGAAGAAAGCAACUCUCUCCCCUCAACUUGAGCUCCGUGCUCCGUUUCUCUGAACAACACAAAUAGCAGAGCAACGAGCUUCAGAAUCCGCCAUUAAUAUCACCAACAUUUGAAGCUUUCAACGCCAAAGCCAGCCACACAGCUGCCUUCGAAAUCGAAAAGCCUUUUCAUUUAUUAUUAUUUACAAGUGUCUUCAAUCACAGAAAGCCAAAUGUACCAAACCCACCGGUCGCAGUCAAAAGUCCAAACCCUAGAAUUAUGCCGCUGAGACUCGCAGUAACGGACCUCGCCGACUCUCCCAACCCUAGAGAUGGCCAAGCACUCCGUCGGGUGGGUCGCGUCGCAGAAGCGCUGGCUCUUGGCCUUUCUCGUCAUGCUCUCCGUCUCCACCUUGAUCGCCUUCUUCAUCAGAGCCGCCUUCGAUUCCUGCGACCGUCGCAUGGAUGUCGUCGACAAGAGGGUUCCUUUGGGCUCGCCCAUUGGGACCAGUCCUAGCCCCCUCAGCUUCAUGAAGUCCAAGCUCGUGCUGUUAGUCUCGCACGAGCUCUCUCUUUCGGGUGGACCUUUGUUGUUGAUGGAGCUAGCAUUUUUAUUAAGAGGUGUUGGCACUGAAGUUUGUUGGGUUACAACCAUGAAACCGUCAGAUGCAGAUGUAGUGAUAUACAGUUUGGAACAUAAGAUGUUGGACCGAGGGGUGCAGGUCCUCUCUGAAAAUGGCCAAGAAGCUGUGAAUACAGCUCUCAAAGCUGAUUUGGUUGUAUUGAACACCGCAGUUUCUGGGAAAUGGUUGGAUGUUGUUCUUAAGGAAAAUGUUCCCCGUGUUCUCCCGAAAGUGUUGUGGUGGAUCCAUGAAAUGCGCGGCCAUUACUUCAAAUUGAAUUAUGUCAAGCACCUCCCGCUUGUUGCAGGUUCUAUGAUAGAUUCGCAUGUAACAGCAGAAUAUUGGGAGAAUAGGACUCGAGAACGUUUGGGUAUCAAAAUGCCAGAGACCUUUGUUGUUCACCUUGGAAACAGCAAGGAACUAAUGGAAGUUGCUGAAGAUAGUGUAGCAAAAAGGGUUUUGCGUGAGCAUGUCCGGGAGUCUCUUGGAGUGCGAAGAGAAGAUCUACUAUUUGCCAUCAUAAACAGUGUUUCACGUGGAAAAGGCCAAGAUCUGUUUUUGCGUUCCUUCUAUGAAAGCUUGCGAUUGAUCCAAGUGAAGAAGCUGCAACUGCCAAGAAUGCAUGCAGUAAUUGUAGGGAGUGACAUGACUGCUCACACCAAGUUUGAGCAUGAACUACGUAACUUUGUAUCGAUGAAGAAAAUUCAAGAUCGUGUUCAUUUUGUAGACAAAACUCUGACUGUAGCUCCAUAUCUGGCUGCAAUUGAUGUCCUUGUUCAAAAUUCCCAGGCACGGGGAGAAUGCUUUGGUAGGAUAACUAUUGAAGCCAUGGCAUUUCAGCUGCCUGUAUUGGGAACAGCAGCAGGUGGCACCACAGAGAUUGUAGUGAAUGGAACAACAGGUUUGUUGCAUCCUGUUGGGAAGGAAGGGAUCACUCCUCUUGCGAAAAAUAUUGUAAAACUUGCCACUCAUGUUGAGAGGAGGCUUACAAUGGGGAAGAGAGGCUACGAAAGGGUCAAAGAAAGGUUUCUAGAACACCAUAUGGCAAAUAGAAUUGCUGCCGUUUUGAAGGAAGUGUUGCACAAGUCAAAGAGCCACUCAGAUUCCUAGCACUUUGAGGCCUUUAACUGUCAAGUAGAAUGCUACACAUGCUCUCUUCUCCUGUUUUAGAGAUUUCGUUGGUUAGCAAAAGAAGAUGAACUACACUUAGAUUAGUGGGUCGAUUUUUCUUUUAUGGUGACAUAAUCGCCCCUCAGGUUUCGCUUUCUUAUGUACAUUGUGUACAUAUUAAGACAUCUAGCUAGUAGCUUGUUCAAAAGGUUGACAAUGACAUGAUCGAUUUUGCUAGAGCAUGGAUUUGAAAAUUUGGCAUUUCAGAAUGCUUGGUGGAUAAGGUAAAAACACAGCAUCAUUCAUAAUCAUAUAAGGAGAUGUGUGCUGUAAGCUUGUAACUUACUGAAUACGCGCAAACUCUCUUGUUAUGGAUUUCCUUGAUGCAUUUAUACCAUUAGCA